GCUGCGCCGCGUCGGCCUCCCGCGCAUGCGCGUUGCUUGGGUGCAGCGGCCCCUUUUUCGGUCCGCCGCGUCGCUUCCUCCGUUUGUCGCCGCCGCCGCCGCCAUGAAGUUCGUCUACAAGGAGGAGCACCCGUUCGAGAAGCGCCGCUCCGAGGGGGAGAAGAUCCGGAAGAAGUACCCGGACAGAGUCCCGGUCAUCGUGGAAAAAGCCCCCAAGGCCCGAAUAGGGGACCUGGAUAAAAAGAAAUACCUGGUGCCCUCCGACCUCACAGUGGGCCAGUUUUACUUCCUCAUCCGGAAAAGAAUCCACCUGCGGGCCGAGGACGCCCUUUUCUUCUUCGUCAACAACGUUAUCCCCCCCACCAGUGCCACCAUGGGGCAGCUCUACCAGGAACAUCACGAGGAGGAUUUUUUCCUUUAUAUCGCCUACAGCGACGAGAGCGUUUAUGGCACCAUGUAAGACCCCUGCAGUCCACUGGCUGCCGCCGAGGGGCACCUUGCCCCCUGAAGGGACCUGCACUUUCUGUUACUUGUUGAUUUUGUUUUAAAAGGUUGUGUUUUUCUUUUCUUUUUUUUUUUUUUCUUCAAGAAAAUGGGGGGUGCUUUUUCUCUCUUCCCCCCCCUCCCCACCCUUUAAUUUCUGGCUGUGAAUCUUUAACUCUCUCCCUCUUUUAACUCCUUCCCUCCUCUGGGUUUUCUUUUUGAGGUGGUUGUGGCUAAAAUUAAAAUACCUCCUCCCUUGCAUUGUCCCCCUAUGUGCUUGAUUGCUUUCUUUUCUAUCCUUUUCUUUUUUUUUCUCUAUUGAAAAAGGUAAUCUGGAAUUUCUCUCCAAAAGCAACAAGGGAAACAACCCUCCCCUCUCCGUUUUCGUUUUUUUCUUUUAUUUUAUUCCUUCACCACGCACCCCAAGUUUUGCUUUUCUUCCAGGAGGCGUGUUCGCCUGGCAAGACUUUCUGUAACCAGAGUUUUCGGGGAUGGGAAACGAAUGCAAAUUAAAACAAAACCAAAAAAAAAAGUUAUAUAAAAGA